AGACUACCUACGGGCCGCAUGUCCCCAAUUCAACAAAAAAACAAAUCUUCAUUAUUUUUCUUUAAUUUCCUUCGUACCAGAAAAAUGAAAACUCAUCCAAACAAAUGCAGAAAAAAUGCUGCUUUAUGGACGUUUAAGACAUAUGCACAUCUGAUACAAUACGGCCCUGUUCAACAUGUAGACCUUUUGUUUCUGCAAUUUCUUACCUUAAGUUCCGUGUAAUCUGCUACGUGACGCGACAUUUAUUCGUGUUCUGUGUUUUGGCGUUGCGUCGUUUUGUACGCUGUUGCGGUCAUUGAAAACUAGAAAAGCUGCAAUUUGAAUUUUGGAACGUUUCCAAUCGGAUUUCCAAUAAGCUAGGUGUUUUACAUUUGUCUCGUUUUUCUAUUUGUGAUUCUAAAUAUUACCCGUCGCUUUUAACCUAUUUAUUUAUCAAUAUGGCCGAUGAUUCUUCAGUGAAACCGGGAUUAUUUACUAGCAUAUUCUUCGAAAUUAUAACUAGUCCCUUAAAUCUCGCUCUCGUGCUUCUUAUAGUAUUUUUAGUGUAUAAAAUUAUUAAAAGUCGCCAAAGUGAUGAGCCAGUUAGAGAACAAAUACCAGAGUUACCAAAAAUGAAGAAGAGAGACUUCACAGUGGAGGAGUUGAGAAAGUAUGAUGGUAAUCAAGAAGACGGUAGGAUCCUGGUAGCUGUUAAUGGAAAUAUAUAUGAUGUUACCAGGGGCAAAAGAUUCUAUGGACCAGGAGGCCCUUAUGCAGCGUUUGGUGGAAAAGAUGCUUCAAGGGGGCUAGCAACAUUUUCAGUGUCAGCCGCUGGGGAGGGCUAUGAUGAUUUGAGUGAUCUAAGCACAGUUGAAAUGGAUUCAGUCAGGGAGUGGGAGUCACAGUUCAAAGAAAAAUACGAAUUCGUUGGAAGGCUGUUGAAACCAGGUGAAGAACCAACAAACUAUUCAGAUGAAGAAGAUGAGCCCUCAGGCACAGGGGAGUCGAAGUCCAAAGAUGACUAACAAUUUUUACAUUAAAACUUAAAAGGCUGAAUAAGGUUAAAAUGUUCUGUAAAGUUUAUAUAUACACACAUAAAUACUUAAUUUUAUUAUAUAAUUGUUGGCUAAAUAUUUUUAAUAUAUAUAUUGAAUAAAUAAGAUCACAGAAACGAUUGGUUUUGUAUAAAAUCGGAACAUUUGCUUUCUUUUGAAGCUUUUUUCAUGUCAAUUAUGUCUUUCUAAACUGUUUAGUGUUUGUUAAGGUUAUGUAAGUAUUGUGCAUGAGAUUUAAUGGUGUAGGUGUUUUGGAUCUUAAUGUUUCUGUUACAUACUUUUAACGACCUUCAGUCUGGGAACCAGUAAUACGAAUACACCUGGCGAAAAGAGAUGAGAUAUAACAAAAUCUUGUGAAACUAAUCUAUGAGGUUAUACAAUUCAGAAAUAUCACUAGUGUUCCACUUUGAGUAUAAUUUAUAGCGCCCAAUACGUAGAUUAUACAGGUGAAAAUAGUUUGGAAGCAUAAGCACAGGCAGAUCAAUCUACGUCGGAUGGCUGUCGUGAAUCACUCCAAACGAUUUGAUAUCGCGCUACUUCCUUGCUUAGGUGGCAUAUCUUCAUGGCGUCCAGGCACAGUCGUUGUUCAAACGUUGUGUCCUAUCCAUAACGCCCACCUUAAUAUGGCGACUUCAAGCCGCGUAUUUAGCGCCCGUAUGACAUUUCACUAAAAGACAUUUCAUCGUGGACAAAACCUUAGGGGCAAAUAAUGAAAGCUCGACAAUUGAGAAAGACAUGCCGAUCUCUGCCGCUCUUGCGCUCAUCCGGCUUCGAUGGAUGGCCGAGUUCCGCCAAAGAGCCGUUCACUUCGGCUGGUCGGAGUUCAAAUCAUCGAGGACUUGCCUGGCAUGAACACUUCUCGUCAAUAGCGGCAGCUGGUGGAAAAAAGCUAGGCUAUUUUUUAGGUCUAAGACGUACUUUUCUCCGCACGACCUUCUCACUCUAUACAAGGCCCAGAUAAGGCCUAGCCUCCAGUAUUGCUCACACGUUUGGGGUGCUGCUGCAUCGACAACAUUAUUUAUGCUCGAUGAUGUCCAGAGGAGGGCUGUCCGACUGAUCGACGACUCUUCUCUAACAGACAGUCUCGAAACCCUUUCACACCGGAGGUCUGUCGGCUAUCUAGCUCUCUUCUACCGCUACACCAACGGGCUAUGCUCCUCAGCGCUCUCUUCCAUGAUGCCGCCGCACGAUGUGCCUGCCAGACAGACCCGCCUGUCUUUAGCCGCCCAUCCUAACCGAUGCGAACUUCCAGAACUGGCCGAUGCGACCGCUCCUUUGUCCCGGGGGUGUCGAGAUUGUGGAACGAUCUACAAAAGGAAGCUUUUCCCAGUUCUACUAACCUCAGGCAGUUCAAAAAUCGGAUUAACAAAAUUUCUUUGGGAUCUUCAUAGCAACCGCGGUGUCCCGGCAUUUAGGCUUCUUCUUCGAUAAAUCACAGAAUCAGCAAAACAUUACGAUGAGGUCUAAUUAGUUACUGUUUCUAUGAUCUUCAUUUGUUUAAUCUAUCCCAAUAUCUUGUAGAGUUUUUUAAACCAUUUGCGAACGAUAUCAUCUUUAAGGUGUACUGUUGCACCACCAUGCCCUCAUAUGUGUUUCAUUAUUUCCGCAGAAUACACAUAGUGUCAUCAUCACAAGCUUUUAUAAUUCAAUAAAUAGGUCAAAACGCUUAUUUUCACCUAUUGAUGCUUACGUAAGUUUACAAAACUAGUUUGAUUACAAACUCCUAUAAUUGAUCCAUACUAAAAUGUAUUGCCGUAUCAAAUAUCACUGCAUCUAAUGGUGAAUCUGUAGCUCAAACUCAUAGAGAGAGUAUCAAUCUGUUUGAUAGUAUACUGAAUUGGUAAAAAAAUGUUAUACUACUGUGUUAAAAUGAAAUCAAUUUAACAAUACAUUAAACGAUUUUUUGAUAGCAAAGGUAUCAACAGAACUACUAAGAUUGUUUUAAUUUUGAUGUGUGAAUUUAUCUUCUAAUUUGUAAUUGAAAUAUUUCACUAUAUCUACUCUGUGAUAUAUUUUGCCAUAAAUAUUGGCGAAAUAUUAUCAAACGGUAUACUUUUUGUGGCUGGUUUUCCAAAUUCCUAAUGUAAGUAUGCAUGCCUUAAUAUUGAAUAUAUUUUUUAUUUGAAUAUUUCACAAUAAUUUAUGAAGCAAUUGAUUUUAUCAUUUUUUAAAUAAAGUGUACAUAUUGUAAGAUGUGUGCUGAUUUGAACUGUAUUGUGACCAAUGAUAAUACAGCAAUAAGCAAAAAAAUGAAUAAAGUUAUUUCCUAGCUGAGUGGACA